AUGGCUCGCCACGGGGAUACUCGCUCACCAUCUCCUGUAGGCAGCACAUACUCCUCAUCGCGACGCCCUCGCAGAGAGGAUGAUCGAUUUGAAAGAAAUCGCCGGGACGAUGGUCGCGGAUACCGCAGGUCUCGCAGCCCAGAGGUAUGUCAUAAACGCCGCCCCGCCGAGUCGGCGCAUAAGGCUCAACGAGUGCGAUGGUCUAACUCUUUUGGCUGGGAAAUAAAGCGCCGAUACCGUGAUCGUGAUCAUGGCCGCGAUCGAGAUGGCUUUCGCCGACGCGAUCGUUCCUUAGACAGACGCGACGAAGACACUUAUCGACCCAAUCGCAGAGAUCGUCUGAGACGGGAUGAUAGCCGUGACCGCGGCGCCAAUCGGCGUUCCCGGUCUCGUACACAAGAGCCAUCCAAACAGUCGACCCCCGCCCCCGCCGCCCAGACCGACGAACAGAAAAAGGCCGAACGACUAGCUAAGUUGGAGGCCUGGAAGAAGAAGCAGGCUGAACAGCGCGAGAAGAAACAACAAGAAGCAGCUGCUGGAGGUGCUCGGAACAUUCUCGAUGCCAUUGAUCGCAAGUCCGCUUUAUCGCCCGCCGUUGGUUCCCCGCAGACCCCCGCAACCCCAACCGAUACUGCGACACCUGCCUCUUACCCCGGAAAGUUCGACCCCAAGGCCGUCGCUAAGAGCGUAACAGCCACCAGCUCCGCACCUUCUGCCGUCCUAGGAACCGAUGUUGCGGUCCCGCAAACAGCCAAGGUGCCGCCAAAGCCAGCAGCCGCUCCAGCUCCGGCGUCCGCCCCUCUCAAGGCUAAGGGCAAUGUGAGCGGGUUUGGAUUGAGCUCAAAGCAGUCUUCUGGUACUGAAAAACCUUCUGCGUCUCGGACCUUGGGAUUUGGCGAAGAGGAAUCUACGCGCAAAAAAUUUGAGCGUCUCCCAACCCCUCCACUUGAUGAUAGCAAGGAUUCAUUUGGUGUCGCUGAUGAUGUUGGUGAAGAUGAUGAUGUCGACAUGCAGGAUGGUGGAACCGAAGAAGAAGCCGCGGCAGCAGCUCGAGCGGCAGCAGAGCGACGUGAAGAACGUCUUCAAAAUCAAAACCUCACCUACCAGACACAAGGAGAUGUUCCCGAGUCGUCUGAAUCUCAACCAACUGGAGAUGUCGCAAUGGAAGAUGCUUCGAACGAGCAGCCGGAAGCUACUGAAAUGGAGGUCGACACAAACGAGGAGGAAGAGAAUGUGGAUCCUCUGGAUGCAUUCAUGUCCGGCCUCGCGGCCACAGCGCCGCCUAAGAAAAAGGUUGGGGUCUCUUUUGCUAAAAAGAAAGCACAUCAACCGCAAGCAAUGUUUGGAGAUGACGAGGAUGUUUCUAUCACGGCCGUAGGGGAGGAGGACGCUGAUGACGUUCUUGCCAUGGCCAACAAAAAGAAGAAGAAAGAAAUCCCGACAGUGGAUCACAAGAAGGUUGAGUAUGAGCCAUUCCGAAAGCAAUUCUACCACGAACCCAGUCAUCUUGCCGAUAUGAGUGAGGAAGAGGUAGCCAACCUACGUCACGAGUUGGAGGGCAUCAAGGUCCGCGGCCUCGAUAUCCCGAAGCCUGUCCAGAAAUGGUCCCAGUGCGGAAUGGGUGUCCAAACUCUGGAUGUCGUCGACCGUCUUGGCUACGAAGGGUUGACCUCCAUUCAGGCCCAGGCAAUUCCUGCGAUCAUGUCAGGCCGUGAUGUGAUCGGUGUUGCCAAGACUGGUUCUGGAAAAACCAUGGCUUUCCUUAUCCCAAUGUUCCGACACAUCAAAGAUCAGCGACCGCUUGACAAUAUGGAGGGCCCUAUUAGUUUGAUCAUGACACCCACCCGCGAACUUGCCACCCAGAUUCACAAGGACUGCAAGCCUUUCCUGAAGGCUCUCGGUCUGCGUGCUGUCUGUGCGUACGGCGGCGCCCCGAUCAAAGACCAGAUUGCUGAGUUGAAACGAGGUGCAGAGAUUGUUGUUUGCACUCCAGGACGAAUGAUUGAUCUACUCGGAGCCAAUGGUGGCCGAGUUACCAACCUCCGCCGUGUGACGUACUGCGUACUCGACGAGGCCGACCGCAUGUUCGAUAUGGGAUUUGAACCCCAAGUGAUGAAAAUCAUGGCCAACGUUCGACCAGAUCGUCAGACCGUCCUCUUCUCCGCCACUUUCCCCCGAAACAUGGAGGCCCUCGCCCGGAAAGCUUUGAAAAAGCCGGUUGAGAUUAUUGUCGGUGGAAGGAGUGUGGUAGCUCCAGAAAUUACCCAGAUCGUGGAAGUGCGCAACGAGGACCAGAAGUUCGUUCGUCUGCUGGAGUAUCUGGGCAACCUCUAUGCGGAUGAUCAAAACGAAGAUGCCCGCACGCUUAUCUUCGUUGAACGACAAGAAUCGGCAGAUAACCUACUCCACGAGCUCAUGCGCAAGGGAUAUCCUUGUGGGUCUAUCCAUGGCGGCAAAGACCAAAUCGAUCGGGACUCUACUAUCGAGGAUUUCAAAGCUGGUAUCUUUCCCGUCAUGACUGCCACAUCUGUCGCAGCUCGUGGUCUGGACGUCAAACAGCUCAAGCUUGUUGUAAACUACGAUGCCCCCAACCAUCUAGAGGAUUAUGUGCACCGUGCUGGCCGUACCGGACGUGCUGGUAACACCGGAACCGCCGUCACAUUCCUUACUGAUACUCAGGAACGGUACUCCGUGGACAUCGCCAAGGCUCUUAAGCAGAGUGGUCAAGAGAUCCCCGAGCCCGUUCAGAAAAUGGUCGACGAUUUCCUCGAGAAGGUCAAGGCUGGCAAAGAAAAGGCGAGCGCCUCCGGCUUCGGUGGUAAGGGUCUGGAGCGACUUGACCAGGAACGUGAAUCGACCCGCAUGCGUGAGCGUCGCACCUACAAAACCGGUGGCGACGACGAGGAGGAAGAAGCCAAGGAAGAGAAAUCAGACAAGAACGAAGACCGCUUUAUCAAGGCCCUUUCUUCCGUACAAUCUGCCGCUACUCCGGCUCCGGCUCCGGCUCCGGCUCCUCUACCCGGCGUGCCCAAGGGUAUCGAUCUGGAUGGCAAGAUUACCGUACACAGGACUGAAAAGGACACCAGUGCAGGCGGCAAGAAUGCCUUGGACAGAGUCGGAUCUGCCGUCGCCGACAUCCAUGCCCGUUUGAGCAAGGCCGGCGUCAUGAGAUCCGGCGUCCCCAUCGACAACCGCGGCCCCGAUGCUGGCGCAUUCCACGCUACGCUGGAGAUCAACGACUUUCCCCAAAAAGCACGAUGGGCCGUCACGAAUCGCACAAACGUCGCCAAGAUCCUCGAAGCAAGUGGUACCUCUAUUACGACGAAGGGUAACUUCUACGCUGCUGGCAAGGAACCUGGUCCCAAUGACCUUGCGAAACUUUACAUCCUUGUCGAGGGCGAAACCGAGAUAUCUGUCACGAAUGCGAUGCGGGAGCUCAUGCGUCUUCUGAAGGAGGGUACGGUCGCCGCUGCGGAUAGCGAUGCCCGCGCUCCGGCUAGCGGCCGGUAUAAUGUUGUCUGA